UCCAGGCUCGGUCCCGCGGCGGCGGCGGCGGCAGCGGCUGAGACUGACGACGGGGUGCGGAGCGCGUGCUUGGCGGAGCCGGACCCCGGGGGAGAGCGGUCCAGCCGGUCUCCGGACUCUUACGCAGGGGGGAUGCUUGGAGCCGCUGAGAUUUUCACAGCUCUGCUCUCCGGCCCUGGUCACCGGGGUUUUCCGCUGGGCGUCUGAGCUGCUGAUGAGCUGCUGAGACCCCGUCCUCAGUUGCUGGGGGGAGGGCGAGCUCUCCCUCUUGUGUGCUACAGCUCCCCGCCCGGCUCAGCCUCCAGGGAAACAGGUUUAGAGCAGUGAGGAACGUGCCUAAGGUCACAGAGCUGGAAGGCAGGAGAUCCACCCAGCAUUUGAAUCCUGGUGGAGCAGACCCGGAGCUCCAGUUACAGGCUGAGAGGAGGGGCACCCGUUUGGUCUCAGCCAUAGGCUGGUGUCACGUGGUUUAAAAUCUCUUCCGCAGCCCCCUUGGAAACCCCUCGGGUCAGGCCCAGCUGGUCCCCGCAUGUGAUAGAAGUGUCUGCUCCCAGGGAAGGCGCAGCCAUGGCCUCCCCAGCGCCCCGGGAGCCCGACGAGGAGCUGGUAUCCGCUGGCUCCGAGCCAGGUGACUCUCGGGCCAAACCCCCUGUCAAGCCCAAACCCCGAGCCCUGCCUGCCAAGCCAGCCCUGCCUGCCAAGCCCAGCCUGCUGGUGCCCAUUGGGCCUCGGCCUCCCCGGGGUCCUCUGGCCGAGUUGCCUUCUGCCCGGAAGAUGAACAUGCUGGCGGGACCCCAGCCCUAUGGUGGCAACAAACGGCCCCUUCCGUUUGCGCCAAGGCCUGCAGCCGAGGCCCUGGCUGGUGGAGAAGGCACCCGGGAGCCUGGGAGAGAGGAGCCUGGGAAAGAAGAGACACCCCCCUUGACCCCUCCGGCCCGAUGCGCUGCCCCUGGGGGCGUGCGCAAGGCGCCCCUCCCCUUCCGCCCGGCCUCCGAGCGCUUUGCUGCACCCACCGUGGAGGAGAUCCUGGCCAAGAUGGACCAGUCCAGGAAGGAGGGCCCGGCCAGCCCCGACCGCCUCUGGGGCUCCCGCCUCACCUUCAACCACGACGGCAGCUCCAGAUACGGUCCCAGGAACUACGGCGUGGCCCCAGGCCCCAGGGACGAUGCUGGGACCCUCGCCAGGGAAUGGUCCCAGGAGGGGCCCGCGCAGUCUCCUGCUGACUGCCCUGAGGAGCCCAGCAAGAGGAAGCCCCCCUCGGACCUGGCCUUCAACGGGGACCUGGCCCAGCCGGCCGUCUCUGAGCCCCCGACUGAUAUGGCCAGGAGACAGAUGAGGUCCCCCGAGAGCAUGGGUGAGAUGUGCGAGGGAGCCCAGGAGAUGCAGGAAGGAGCGGAGGUUCUCCAGCCCCGGGUGCCCCCCGGUCCAAGCCCUACCUUGGAGAAUGGAGGUGCCCCCAGCCCGGGUCUCCCCGCUGAAGCCUUGGGCUCGGGCCCCGAGUCUCCCCGCCUUGACUCCCUCGAGGCGGGCUCUCCUCGCCACCCCCAGCGUCCAGAGACCCAGAGCCCUGCUGCUCCUGGACCUCCCCUCCGGCCCCCCGAGACUCUGGGCUCCCCAGCUGCGGGCCCCCCUGAUGAAGGCUCCUGCCAUCUGCCCCUGAGCCCAGGGGUCCCAGCUGUGGCUGCCCUGGAGACCCCCAGACCCGGCAGCCCCCAGGUGCCGGAGCUAGCAGGGCACCCCAGCCUGGAGCGGUCCCUACCCGCCGUGUCCCAGUCCCUGAUGGGAGGGGGUGAGCUGCCGGACCUGCCUCGGACGUUUGCAUCUGGGGACGGGGUGGCCCCGGGGGUCGAGGACCGCCCUGCCAGCAGCCUGGCCCAGCGGCGGUUUUCUGAAGGUGUGUUGAGCCCUCCUGGCCCAGACCGGGAGCAGCUGGGGGGCUCGCUGGCCGCCCUGCCCCAGGCCCAGGGGGGCCCGUCCACCCUGGACCACCCCUUGGGGAGCGGGACCGAGUCCAGCUGGAGCUUAUCUCAGUCCUUUGAAUGGACCUUCCCGACGCGGCCUGCAGGCCUUGGGGUGCGGCGGCUGGACUCCCCGCCGCCGUCCCCCAUCACCGAAGCCGCGGAGGCUGCAGAGGCUGCGGAGGCUGGAGACGGGGCCGCGUCCACCCAUGAGGAGGCCGGAAACUGGGCCACGUCCACCCGCGAGGAGGCCAGAGGCGGGGCUGCGGAGGCUGCAGAGGCCAGAGACAGGUCCGCGUCUAUCCGGGAGGGGCCUGGAGGCGGGGCCACAUCCACCAGGGAGGAGGCUGGAGAUGGGGCCGUGUCCACCUGCGAGGAGCCCGGAGACGGGGCCACGUCCAUCCGGGAGGAGGCUAGAGAUGGGGCCGUGUCCACCCGCGAGGAGCCAGGAGACGGGGCCGCGUCCAUCCGGGAGGAGGCUGGAGAUAGGGCCGCGUCCACCCGCGAGGAGCCCAGGGGCGGGGCCACAUCCACCCGAGAGGAGGCUGGGGACUGGCCCGUGUCCACUCGGGAGGAAGGAGCGUCCCAGCCAGGGCCAGGGGCCCCGUCGGCUGCAGAGGGACCAGGAAGACCUGCUUCCUGGGGGCCGGGGGAUGACCCAGGCUCCUCUCUGAGCCCGACUGGUGGUGCGGAAGACCAUCCUCUGGAGUCCCCGCCAACAGCAGGGGACCCACCUGGACCAGCUUUGCCACAGGUGGACGAGACACUUGCAGAACGGGAGUCCCCUCCGCUCGCCCGGGAGGCUGCCCUGCGCAUCCUGGAGCCGGUCCUGGGGCAGGAGCAGCCAGCGCCCCCGGACCAGCCUUGCGUCCUGUUCGUCGAUGCCCCCGAGCCCGGGCAGGCACUCUCUGCUGAGGAGGACACUGUGGCCCUGGCCGUGGCCGAGACCACCCGACCUAGGACAGCGGUUCAAGACCCCCGCCGGGCGUCCCCCGAGCCCGCGGGGCCCGAAAACAGCUCCCAGUGGCUGGACGACCUGCUGGCCUCGCCCCCACCCAGUGCCCGGCGGGGCGCCCCGUCUGAGCUGAAGGAUGCCCAGACCCCCAGCGCCUGCUCCGAGGGACUCCUCGGCUGGGCCCAGAAGGACCUGCAGAGCGAAUUUGGGGUUGCAGGAGGCCCACAUCCCGGCAGUUUCCGGCCUUCCACCUGGUCCCAGGACGCUUCUCGGGACUACGGCCUGGGAGGUGCAAGCCCUCUGGGGGACCCAGGCCUCGGAGAGAGGGACUGGGCUGGCGAGUGUGGGCAUGGAGUCGGGGAGGGGCGCCCCGGGGAGUGGGCCGGCAGGGGUGCCCUCGACCGGGAGGAGGAGGGCGAGGUUGGCGGCCAAGACCGGCAUGGAGCCGCGGCCCUGGGGAGCCUGGGCGCCCAGGAUCGGGCGAUCGGGAAGCCUGGCACUCUGCAAAGCCACGAGGCGGACCUUCAGCACUGGGAGUUCGGGAAGAGGGAUCCCCAGGGCACCUACUCCAGCCGGGACGCGGAGCUCCAGGACCAGGAGUUCGGGAAGAGGGAUCCCCAGGGCACCUACUCCAGCCGGGACGCGGAGCUCCAGGACCAGGAGUUCGGGAAGAGGGAUCCCCAGGGCACCUACUCCAGCCGGGAUGCGGAGCUCCAGGACCAGGAGUUUGGGAAGAGGGAUUCUCUGGGGACCUACAGCGGUCGGGAUGCAAGCCUUCAGGACUGGGACUUUGGGAAGAGAGACUCCCUGGGUGCCUACUCGAGCCAGGAUGAAGAGGGGCAGGGCCCGGAAUCAGGGCAGAAGGACCCACUUGGCAGGUACAGCGGCAGCCAGGACGCAGGGCAGCAGGACCAGGGGUUCGGGAGGAGCGACCCUGCACGGAGCGCCUAUGGCCCCCGCAGCGCAGAAACGCCGGGCCGGGACUUCGGCAGGAGCGCCUGGGUGCCAGACUACAGCGGCGGCCUCCCGCGGGACUUCGGAGCGAGAGCCCUGAGCGCCGGGUUCAGCCUCGAGGAGGCCCAGCGGCAGGACACAGAAUUUGAGAAGAAGAUCCCAGGCCGAGCCAGCCCCGGGGCGGCCGGCAGGGACGUGGGCUGGCCUGAGACUGCCGAGACGGGGGGUGUGUUCCACGCCAGCGGCCCAGAGCCGCAGGACCGGGCUCUGGGGCAGAGGGACCCGGGUGGCUGGCAAGGUGGUGCUGCCUCUAGGGAGGUUGGUGGGCCGCAGGCGGGGGGCGCCCGGAGCCCAGGGGAGGCUGACCCAGAGGACAGGGAGGGGGUGCGGCGGGGCUGGGCUGGAGACUUCGGCCUUGGAGUGGGCGCUCAGCCAGAGGCAGCCUUCGGCCCGGGGCGGCGGGGCUGGGGCAGCGGCUUCUGUGCGGAGGCCUCGGAGCGGAGCUCCCAGUUUGGGAUAAUCGGUGAUGACAGGGCGGGCGCGGCCAGCCUGAGCCCUUGCAGUCAGCUGGGAGGCGGCCCCUUCCUGCCCCCCGAGGGAGCCGUGGACUGGACUGACCAGCUGGGCCUCCGGAACCUGGAGGUGUCCAGCUGUGUGCGAGCUGCCAGCUCCGGCGAAGCCAGGGAGGAUGGCGUGGGACAGACGGGCUGGGUAGACCGCGGGGGUGUGACGGGCGCGGGGCUGGCCGUCCAUCUGCAGGGCGGAGGGGCGGAGGCCCCCGGGGGACUUGGCCUCGGGGACCAGGACUGGACUUCCGAUGUCGGAGGCCCCAGCCAGGCCAGAGAGGGUGGCGUGGGGCAGACAGACUGGUCGGGCGCGGAGGCGGGAGAGUUCCUUAAAUCGAGGGAGCAUGGGGUGGGUCAGGCAGAUUGGACACCGGACCCGAGAGACCGGGAGCUUGGGCCCGGUGGGGUGGAUUGGGGCGACAGUCUGGGCCUGAGGCAUCUGGAGGUGCCCUGUGAGCUAGACUCGGAGAGUUCUCAGGGGCCGCGGGGACGUGGGCUGGACCAGGUGGACUGGUCCCAGGACUCGGAGCUCCGAAACGUGGAGCUCCCGGGUGAAGCCAGGGAGUGUGGUGUGGGGGAUGUCGGCCACUCCCCAGAACCGGGCGUGGGGAAUGAUGCCCUCUCAACCCCCUGCCUGGAGACCCGAGGCCCCUCGGAGGCCAGGGAGCUUGGGGUGGGCGAGAUGAGCAGGCUGGAUGCUGAGGAUGGAGACCCCUUCUUGCCGCUCGUGGUCAUCUGCCCAGAGGAGGACGGAUACGGGCUUCAGGAGUCCCCGGCCUUCGGACCCAGCCCUGGAGAUCACUCAGCCCGCUCCCCGCCGGCGGGCUCCCAAGAUCAGCCGGGGGAGAGGCUGGCCGCUCACAGCCCCGAGGCUGCGGCCCCGCAGGAGUCGGCGUUCCCCGGGCCCAGGGCCCCGUCGGAGGAGGAAGGGGCCGUGACAGGUGCGGACCGAGGGGCGCCCCGGGAGCCUGGCCGGGACCCUCUACCCUCCUGGAGGCCGCAGCCGGAUGGGGAGGCCAGCUGGACAGACGUGGUUGACGGGACCGGGGACUCCGCAGGGGCCAGGCAGGGCGAGCAGACCCCCCAGGGCCCGCCGGCCAGCGACCCCAGCCAGGAUUUCUCCUUCAUCGAGGACACCGAGAUCCUCGACAGCGCCAUGUACCGGAGCCGUGCCAACCUGGGGCGCAAGCGCGGCCACCGCGCCCCAGCCAUCCGGCCCGGGGGCACGCUGGGCCUGUCGGAGGCCGCGGCGUCGGAUGCGAGGCUGUUCCAGGACUCUACGGAGCCACGGGCUUCGCAGGCGCCGUCCUCGGAUGAGGAGGUGGUCGAGGAGCCUCAGAACCGCCGGACGCGGGUGACCAAGGGCCUGAAAGUCAGCCUGUUCCCCGGCCUGAGUCCGUCGGCCCUUAAGGCCAAGCUGCGCUCGCGGAACCGCUCGGCUGACGAGGGGGAGCCCAUGGAGGGCAAGGCGGGCCAGAAGGAGUCGGUGAUCCAGCGCUCCAAGUCCUGCAAGGUUCCCGGGCUGGGCAAGCCCCACGCACUCCCACCCAAGCCAGACAAGUCCUCAGGGUCAGAAGGAUCAUCGCCCAACUGGCUGCAAGCCCUGAAGUUGAAGAAGAAGAAGGUCUAAAAAGUCACCGAGGUCCUUCCCACCUGGCAGUCUCAGGCAGUGCCCGUCCCCGUGGGGUCCCCGGUGGGGAGACGGCUGAGUCCCCCCAGGCCACAGCCCCUGCCCGUCCACUUCUGGGGGCGUCGGGGGGAGGCCCCGAUAUGCACUUUGUAUCAGCGUCCCAGCUCCCCUGCACCGCCCCUCGCUGCUGGUCUUUCGUGGUCCACGGUGUUGGUCCCUCGCUCUUCCUGCCUCCCUCUCUGCUUCCUCCUGCAGCCCCCCUUGGGUUUUCUUUUGAUACCAGUUUAUAGCCUUUUUUAUAAAAGCCUUUGAUUUUUUGUAAUGGGCGGAGCCCAGCCCCACCCCACAUCUCCCUCCGCCCUGCCAGGGGCCCCACAGAAAUUGAUAACAUUUUGCCACUUGAAACAAUAAAGUUUUUUGGGAAUUGGU